AUGUCCUACUCAGGGAAAGCUCGCAAAACUCCUGACGAACCGCUACUUGCUGCGUCUAUUUUCAACACUACAGAACUGAACUAUCGGGAACUAACGAAAUGGAACCUAGAUAGUUGUGUUUUCGGUUUCAACGAAGAUCUCUUGAAGGAGAAGGGUAAUGCGGCCGCGGCAUCGAAUGCGACGCCCAAAAGUGGUCAAACAGCAUCGGUACGAGCCAACCGAAGGCGUCCAACAUAUUCCGCCAAGUGUCUGAAGGUAGUUUCGGAUGAAGGUUCAGUCGACUCCUCCAGUGAUACCGACGACGAAACGGCUACCGCUAAGGAUAUACGCCGAAACAAGAUCUUGCAAUACCGCAAGGCGCUGACAAAAAUAGUAAAAGUUAAAACUGCCAUAUUCCACGAGAAGGUCAGAGUUACGUGCAGUAAGGAUGGUAAAUGUAUUGAAUGGUACAAAGUUAAGGCACCAGAAGACGAUGAAAAUAAACGGCAACUCAUUGGGACGCUUCCUGUUUCAAAAAUAACUAAUUUCAAAACAAAGGUAGACAACCUGAAAUAUUUGGAAAUAUCAGCCGGUAACAAUUCUUACCUUUUCAUGUUCAAGACCAGAGACGAACGGGAGCAGUGGCAAACAGAUUUUGACCGUUUUGUCAAGUUUAUGAAGAUGAUAUAA